UACACCUGACUACGUGCCGACAUUACGCGAACAGUAGGGUAUUAUACGGACCAUGCCAAAGUCCGUAUAAAUCAAACAGUGUAUUCUCACUCAGUAGCAUCUAAAUAACAUAUCCUCUCUUUUAUUUUGAUAGUCCGUCUUAACCGUUUGACCUGACUUUGAGUGUAUCCCAGUGUAUAGUCCAGCACGCCAUGCGGACAGGGAGGUAUUGCAGUUUUUUACACAUUUCUGAUACACACGGUGAAUUUUGGCGGGCUGCGUUGUGAUUGGCUGCUUUACGCCCAUGCUACGUGACGUCAUUCCAAGCUCCGUCAACGCGACACGCCCCCUUUUAAAGAGCUGCAGGAUGCCGUGAUCGGAGGAUUAAAAGCACAGGAAAACAUGCAAAGGCGAAGACGCAUUAAUCCCACGGACGAUGCAAAAUUUUAUGCGAGUGCUGGAAGGGACAAAGUGGGACUUGACAUCAGAUACAUCAGUGCCUUUAAAGGUCGUGGUAUCUUCACCUCCACUCCAUUUGAAAAAGGAGAUUUUCUGUUGGAAUAUAGAGGGGAACUAAUAAGUAGGCAAGAAUGUGAGAGCAGACAGAGACUUUACCAUGACAGCCUGAAGGUGUUCAUGUUUGAGUUCCGUUUUAAUGGAAAACUGUGGUGUGUUGACGCAGCAAAAGAGGAUGGGUCACUUGGAAGGCUUGUAAAUGAUGACCAUUUAAAUCCCAAUGCCAAGAUGAAGUACUUGACAGUGGAAGGGAAGCCCCAUCUGUGUUUGUUUGCAACACGUGACAUAAGUCCAGGAGAGGAGAUCACCUAUAAUUAUGGUGAAUCAGACUGGCCAUGGAGAUGCAAGACACUUAAAGAAACAUCUAUGGAGGGGCAUCAGGAUGAGGUGUCCAUAUCGGAGCCCACUACAGGUGCUCAAAAGGCAUCAACUAGUCGGAGGCGAAAAAAGGCAUCUAUGGCUGCAUCAACUGGUCAACUGGUUAAAAGCUUUGAUCAGAAUCCUGAUGAGGAAAUACCUCAGGAAAAUUCUGAGACUACAAUUUUGACACCCCUAACUGAAGAUUUUGAAGAGCCAUUGGCUGAGAGCAGUCGGAUCCAGAUAGGUGAAGACCAGAUUCAGACAAGUCCAGGUCCUGGUCCACUCAGCGGGCAUGGAAAGAAUCCUAAUGAGGAAAUACCUCAGGAAAAUUCUGAGACUACAAUUUUGGCAUCCUCAUCUGAAGAUUUUGAAGAGCUAAUGGCUGAGAGCAGUCGGAUCCAGAUAGUUGAAGACCAGAUUCAGACAAGUCCAGGUCCUGGUCCACUCAGCGGGCAUGGAAAGAAUCCUGAUGAGGAAAUACCUCAGGAAAAUUCUGAGACUACAAUUUUGACACCCCUAACUGAAGAUUUUGAAGAGCCAUUGGCUGAGAGCAGUCGGAUCCAGAUAGGUGAAGACCAGAUUCAGACAAGUCCAGGUCCUGGUCCACUCAGUGGGCAUGGAAAGUCACCUGACUUUGAUAUGAUUUAUAUGGACAAUGGUAUGUAA